AUGGAAGAAGGUCUAGCAGAGGUGUGGGCCGUGAUGUUUGGGGCCCUUGACGAGCUGUUCAAGAAAACCAGGGUGCGUCCAAAGGAUAUAGGAGUCUGGGUAGUGAACUGCAGCAUCUUUAACCCAACCCCAUCGUUGUCGGCUAUGAUAAUAAAUCACUACAAGAUGAGGGGAAACAUAUUGAGCUACAAACUUGGUGGGAUGGGGUGUAGUGCCCGGAUCAUAGCGGUGGACUUGGCGAGAGACAUGCUUCAGGAUGGCUGUGACACUGUCUGGCCACUUGAUUUCCAUAUUGGUUGGAGUUACUACAUCUCAAUUCCUUCUUGGAUUUUCCUCUCCAAAUUAAGAGGUUCAGAUGCUGUGGUGUUUUACAGGAUUCAAGUUGACAUUAAUGUAUCAAGGAGUGCUCCGGUGGCGACCCUUCUUGAGCUAGAAGCCGCUGCGAGGUCUUCAUUCUAUGAUGAGAACCAGCAAGCACCAGAUGUUAAUUCUUCAACCAGUGGUGUGCUUCAGGAUGAGGAAGAUGUCUACAGGAUGAGUUGUGUUGAUACUGAAGCUGAAGCAAGCUCUUGA